CACCGAUGUCGACGAGGAUAGAUGCGAAAGUGCGGGAAAUCGAAGUUAUCAUCGCCCGAGAACUUCUCCAUUACAGCAACCUCGAACGUGAUCAGGAGGAGGAGGAGGAGGAGGAAAGGGGCUUGUUCGGAGACGAUGGCGAAGGAGACCGAGUACUACGACGUCCUCGGCGUCGAUCCCUCGGCGUCGGAGGAGGAGAUUCGGAAGGCCUAUUACCUAAAGGCAAGACAAGUCCACCCCGAUAAGAAUCCGAACGACCCGAAAGCCGCCGAGAGAUUUCAGGCAUUAGGAGAAGCUUAUCAGGUUCUGAGUGAUCCAGUGCAGAGAAGGGCCUAUGAUGGCUAUGGUAAAAAUAGUGUAUCGAGGGAGAAUAUGUUAGAUGCAACCGCAGUUUUUACCAUCCUUUUCGGGAGCGAACUUUUCGAGGAUUAUAUCGGGCACCUCGCUGUGGCGACGAUGGCCUCGUCCGAAUUGGCCUCCUCGGAUUUAACAAGCGAGAAUGAUAAUCCUGAAAAGCUCCAGGAUCGAUUAAAGGCCGUGCAAAGAGAAAGAGAAGAGAAGCUUGCGAGGUUCCUCAGAGAUUUUCUUAACCAAUACGUUCGAGGUGACAAAGAAGGAUUCGUUCAUCGCGCAGAAGCCGAAGCAAGAAGGCUUGCUAGUACAGCAUUUGGACUUGAUAUUCUGCGCACGAUUGGAUACGUCUACUCGAGACAAGCUGCGAAGGAGCUCGGCAAGAAGGCCAUGUAUCUGGGAGUACCAUUUCUUGCCGAAUGGGUCAGAAACAAGGGCCAUUUUUGGAAGUCGCAGAUCACGGCCGCUAAAGGUGCUUUGCAGUUGCUGCAGCUGCAAGAAGAAGCUUGCAGGCAGAUAAAUAAAGAUGGCUGUGGCUCGGAACGAGACGUCGACUUACAUUUACGGAUGAACAAGGACUUGAUGAUGAACUCGCUGUGGAAACUGAAUGUCGUAGAUAUAGAAGUUACGCUGUUACACGUUUGCCAAUUGGUGUUGCAAGAGAGUAAUGUAAAGAAGGAAGAACUUAAGGCCCGAGCUUUCGCUUUGAAAACUCUUGGAAAAAUAUUUCAGCGAGAAAAGCAACCUUUGCCGGCUGGAACAUCGAAGCCGAACAUUCUAGACGACGAUGAUAGCAGCUCCGAUGCUAGUUCGGUCGACGAUGUUCCUCGGACACUCUCAUAUCGAACUCCUCUACUUACUCAGGGAAUCGGCAGACUCUUCAGAUGCCUCUGCAACCCGGCAUUCGAUGUCGAUGACGAUUUCGAACCCCACGGCAAGUGAUAGACGAACAAUCCAAGAAUUAGACGAGGACAUACAGCGAUUACCUUUUUUCUUUUCUUUCUUUUUAACUGAUCGAAUCGCAAAAUUUGGUCUUUGUUAUGCUUCGACAUCUACUUAUUGUAAAGCGAGCUCCUAUUUCGAACGAUAAAUAUUCUCGUUUUCUGUAUUUGAAUUGUUAAAUGUAUCCUAGCUACUCAUUCUAUUUA